AUGCAGGCCGCGAAGACGAAGGCCGAGCUCCACGCGAAGGCCUGCGCGCGCCCGCUGCACGAAGAGCUCCCCGAGGCCUCCAAGCAGAGUGCCCCGGAGGCCAGUGCCAACUCUCGCCGCACCGCUCCGGCACUGGGCGUUGGCAGCAGCGAGGUCGUCGGCUUCAACGGCCUGCUGCCGGGCGCGCUGCACCUGCCGCCCACCUGCAGCUCACCGAGGCGGUCCGAAGCGAGCUCCGGCGGCUCCAGGUCGCAGAGGGCCUCCAGCUGCGCCGACAGCGUGGAUUCGCCCACCCACAGCAAGGCGACGAGGACGUUCGAGCUGCUGGAGGCCUGGGACAACUGCGAGAUCGAUGCCGGCCCGUCCAAGUCCACGCGGUCUUUCAACAAGGACAUCUCGAUACACACCCGGCUCCACGCCAAUGCGAUCGCGGGCAUGUACUCUUCGCAGGACGAUUCAAAUCUGUCCCCAGCGUCUCCCAGGGCCCAUCCGGGCAUGUUCUUCGAGCUGCGUCCCGGCCGUUUCGACGAGAGCUUGCAAUCACUGGCAUAG